UUCCUCUCCAUGUGCUCCUCGUGUUGCCUUAUCCAUACAUGGUGACCCAAAGAUGUGCCAUGCCGUUCCUUCUGAUAAGGCAGCAACAUUGACCGGCCAUGUCGUGUGGUGGGCAGCAUGGCUUGCGCGUAUGGUCUGCCCUGUCGAUGGUUAUACUUAUCAGGGGACAUGCAGGCAGAGAUGGAGUCACCUGCCAAGAGCUAGCUGGUGGGAUAUGGAUGCAGAGUAUAUAGAAGAGAUGGCCAUGGAGCGAUUUGGUUUGCGGCGCCGCUGUGCAUGCAUGUUGGCGACGCGUGCUGCCGAAAUUUUCCGGCGGGGGUUCCUACAACUUGUCGAAAUUUUGGCCUUGUUUGUAAGGAAACGGAAACUUCAGGGGGUUGCUAUGAAAUGGUAGGGUCUUGGAUGCAAAGAUUUUGCUAUUUUGCGCGGAUGAAGAAAAGGAAGAAAUAAUUAAUAAUUGGGUGAGUUGUGCGUACGAGAGAUGGUUGGACGACGAGUGCGUGCAGCGUGCAUGCGGUCCGUCGAGUUGGUUCGUUCGUUCACAAUAAAAGAGAUUUGGAGGCCUCCAUCGAGUUGGCUCGUCCGUUCGCAGCUAGCUAGUGAAUCAAUUUAGUAAACAGUCUAAUGGUAUAACAGUUUUUGAUUAUGAAAAACCAUGCAUAUAUGCAUAUAAGAUAAUUAGAAGGAGAGGGUAUCUGGUACUAGUUGUGACGUGUCACUUCAAGUUGUCGGGGCUGAUGUCGUAGCAGGUGACGGCAGGCGAUUUUGACUUGUCUAGUAGAGAUCGCAUUGCCAAGUUUAAUCCGGGCAUGGGUGGUGCCACGGAAUGCAAACAAAUCGCUCCGGUGCAGCCAAGAUGAUCAGAUGACCAGAAAGAUAAGACUCUACGCAUGGCCACUAUAAAUAUCCAAACCUCCUCAUGAAACAACAUCAGCGCACGACGUACGCUUGAAGCCCAUCGAGCUCAAAGCUACUGGCCAUGGCUGCUGAGAGCCCAGCAUACUACUCGCUCCUCCUGCCUCUCUUUCUGGUCGUGGUACCUGCGCUCUACUUGGCGGGUGUGUUCCGUAGCCGUAGGAGGUCUGCCGGCCGACAACGGUUUCCGCCGGGGCCAUGGGCGCUGCCGGUGAUCGGCCACCUGCACCACCUCGCCGGCUCGUCGGUCCCGCCGCACCACGCCAUGCGCGACCUGGCUCGGCGCCACGGCCCGCUCAUGCUGCUCCGGUUCUGCCAGCUCCCCGUGCUCGUGGUCUCCUCACCGGACGCGGCGCGCGAGAUCAUGAAGACCCACGACGUGGCCUUCGCGUCGCGGCCCCUCAGCCCGACCAUCCAGCUCUUCCUGCGUGGCUCCGAGGGCCUCGUCUUCGCGCCCUACGGCGACGGCUGGCGGCAGCUCCGCAAGAUCUGCACCCUGGAGCUCCUCAGCAACCGCCGCGUCCACUCCUUCCGCGCUGUCAGAGCGGAGGUGCUGGGACGCCUGCUCCGCUCCGUCGCGUCGUCGGCGUCGGCGCCGGCGCCGGCGCCCGUGAACCUGACCCGGGGGCUAGCGUCGUUCGUCGCGGACUCCUCGGUGCAGGCCAUGGUCGGCCGCCUGAGGAGCGACGACCGCGACACCCUGUUCACGCUGCUGCGGGAGGGGCUUAAGAUCGUGCCGGGGAUGACCCUGCCGGACCUCUUCCCGUCGUCCCGGCUCGCCAUGCUCCUCAGCCGCGUGCCCGCCAGGAUCGACCACCGCAACAAACGAAUGGCCGCCUUCAUGGACUCCGUCAUCCGGCAGCAUCGGGACAAGAAGAGAUCAGCCGCUUGCGCCGACGGCGACGCAGAGGACUUGCUUGACGUGCUCUUGAGGCUCCAGGACGACAUGGACUCCCAGUAUCCCUUCACCACGGACAACAUCAAAUUGGUCAUCAUAGACCUGAUUAGUGCGAGCAGCGAGACCACGUCGACCACGCUGGUGUGGGCAAUGGCCGAGCUGCUCCGUAAGCCGGCGGCCAUGCGGAGGGCGCAGGACGAGGUCCGGCGGCAGCUCGACGGCCACCGCAGGGUCACGGAGGACGGCCUCACGGACCUGCACUACCUGCGGCUGGUCAUCAAGGAGACGCUCAGGCUGCACCCGCCGGUGAUGCUCAAACGGGAGUGCGGCGGCCCGCGGCAGCAGUUGCUCGGCUUCGACGUGCCACAGGGCGCCAUGGUGCUGGUCAACGCCUGGGCGAUGGGCAGGGACCCGGCCCACUGGGACUCCGCCGAGGAGUUCGUCCCGGAGAGGUUCGACAACUGUGGUACGCCGGACUUCAAGGGGGUGGACUUCGAGUUCCUGCCGUUCGGCGCCGGCCGGAGGAUAUGCCCCGGCGUCUCCUUUGGCCUCGUGCACCUCGAGCUCGCGCUCGCGGCGCUGCUCUUCCAUUUCGACUGGAAGCUGCCGGACGGGAUGGUCCCCGAGGAGCUGGACAUGACUGAGGAGGCCGGGCUCAUCACGCGCCGCCGGGCCGAGCUAGUGGUGUUCGCUGUCCCUCACGUUCCUCUGCCCACAGAUCAGUAGAGGUACUUCGGUACUUGGGUUUCCAUAGAAAAACGCUAUCAAAAGCUGCAAAUUUAAGAUACCGGUUCACAAUUUACACUGCGUGUUUUUUUGAGCGCGCGUUUUUGGGCAUCUGCUAAAAUAAUGUUGUGUUCGGCGCACUAAAAGUGUUAUAGUGGCACGCUAAAACUAUUUUAGGGCGCGGAAUUUUUGUGCACAUGUUGAAGAUGCUCUAACUGUGGUAAGAUAAAAAGGGGAGGUUCCCUAAGACAAUGAUCUAAUUUGGCAUAAAAGUAAUAGAAACCUCAGAAAAUACAAGCUAAAAGAUGCGCAACUUGAUUGGCUUUCCUAACACAAUGAUCGAAUUUGACAUUGACAAAACCUUAACAUAAAAAGGACCAUAUUCUUCAUAAACAGCAGCUUGCUACGCAAAAGAUGUGUUUGGUUGGUUACAUCCCUUUUGAUGUAUUUGCAUCUGUGUCUGGUUGAGUGAAUACAAGCCAAAAAUCAUGUUCAUCACAUGGUUUGGUUGCCCACAUCCUCUCUAGUCUGGCUGAGAAAAAACACGCACACAGCUGUUUGGUUACAAGCGUUUUCUCCUCAUAUACAGCAUACUGUUGUUGUUUGGUUACGUACGCAGUAUGCACAGAUGAUUAAUCUCAUCUCUUAUACACGUGAUGAACUUAUCUCACGUGGAAACUGGGUGCUGAAGGAAGAAGAGAAGGGCUAGCUCCAGGUAGAAGAAGGUUUGACAACCCUCAGAUGCUCAUCCAACGGCCACGAGAUCAAGUGGGCGUGAAUCAUUAGCUAGGUGACUAAGCUCAUGUGUGACCCAUUUGAGAGAGGAUUUGCUAGUGGAACCGGUUUCCACCGGGUAUCUCGCCGCCGUCAGAUGGUGCUAAGAUUCAGACGUAUAUACUACUAGUUGAAUGCCCGUACAUUGUCACGGGACGAGAUAAUGCUGCUGCUUUAGACGUAUUUUAUUUAGGUGACAUAUUAAAUUCAUACUCUAGCCAUUCCAUCUAUGAGUCCGACGUCAAAAAGAGCGAGCAAUAUUUCAACAUGUUUGUUCCGCUUCAUCCCAUUUUUCAUUGGUUCUACUUUUUUAUCGACACAAUCUUAUUUCUCUCCACCAGACAAACGUUGCUAUCCCUUCCAUGUCUUUUAUCUCGGUCCACUCCUUCGCUCAAGCUCUGGUGCCAUCGCUCUACGUCUGACCACAUAGUUUCACUUUUAACAUGAUAAGCUGUCGCUUAUGAUGCUACGACAAAAAUAUACCCGCACUAUUGCUAGGGACAAGUGUAUAGGAGGAUCUGUUGGCAACAACUUUGCUUUUUCGCCCAGUGUUGCCAUUACUUAAGCACUUCUGCGAUCACAAUUUCUGGAAUCCUUAAUUACUACCACCAGAAAGGGAAUGUGACCACAGCUCUCCUUUUUUCAAUCUUAUCUUCAAUUUUUAUUUUCAGAAUAAAAGGGUAGAAUUCGGACACUAUAUAAGGAAGCCUAAUUCGACUACACUUCGCUUGGCUUCACCCCAAGCCCACACAUCAUUCUCCGAUAGAAGGUUGGUUUAUAUUUAAGAUUUUUCAUACAAAUUUAGAUAAAGCACUUUGAAUAUUAAAUCGAAGGAGUGACAUUACCAAGGUUAUAGAUAGACAUAGGCCGGGAGAAGGAGAGGCAUGUGUACGUUCUGAAGACACCAGAUACUUGGAUAACAAACUUGUACGAAGGCCAAUAUGAUGUUGCAUCAUACAUUCGUGAAUGACCUAUAUUUGGUACUUCAAAAUACAACAGAACAGAAUCCAACUGAAUGUAGAGAAAAAAUAGAACCCACCUGCUGCUGGCCGUCACAUGCAAGCAGCAAAAACUAUGCAUAAACCAAGAUGUGGUGGGCAGCAUAAGUAAGAAAAUAAAAACCUUUAUUUUGCAUAACCAUGUAUCGAAAUCCAAGCGCAACAAAGGCAAAUGUCAUAUCUCUUACAUCUUGAUCGAAUAAGCUUCUCGCAAGAACAACCGUAAUAAGGACCAAAAAGGAAUCAACUAAAAGUAGAAUAUAUAACAAUAGAGCAACGGCCAAACUUGAAAGGUUACAACUGUUGUCCAGUGGAGCAGCCUUUGCCAAACAAAGCAAAACACUCGAACAAUUUUGUUAAAGAUAAACGGAAUUAUAUACAAAAUCCAAUCAAGACGAGCUGUAACUCCAUGUUCCAGAACAACAUAUAUAAGGAAUAUAUAAAG